UUAAAACUUUCAUUUCCGCCAGAUUUCCGCUUUGUCUUUGUUCACAAAUGGAUUCAUUAAUAUUAUGAUUAAUGUUUUUAUUGAGGAGAAAUUCAAUCAUAAAGCUGAGAUAGUAUUUCAAUCUCAAUUUAGGUCAUUACUUUGCUAUAUUAGGAAAAAAUUGAUAUUAAAAUUGUAACUGUGGUGCUGCCUUCCCAGGAUGCAACAUUAAUGGUGGCAGUAAAAUAAAACAUCACAUUUUAUGACAUAAAUCAAGCCGCUUUGGGGAAUUUACACAGAGAAAAGGAUCACAAAGAGGCAUAAAAUGUUGGUUACGUUGAAAACAUUGCAGCAACAGACCUUCAAAAUUGAAGUGGACCCCGACGAUACGGUCAGAACAUUCAAAGACAAAUUAGAGAAAGAAAAGGGCAAAGAAUUCCCUUCUGAUGGACUGAAACUUAUUUAUGCAGGAAAAAUAUUGGACAAUGACAAAACAAUCAAAGAAUAUAAGAUUGAGGAGAAGAAUUUUGUUGUUGUGAUGGUCACAAAGUCAAAGCCUAGUGCAAGUAAGCCUACAGCUGCAAAACCUGCAGAGACUCCUGCAUCCAUUCCUGCAGCCACACCUGCAGCUGCUACACCCGAACCACCCACACCUGUAGCUCAGCCUACUCCAGAACGAGAUCCAAAGCCAGAGGAGAAGAAGACAGAAGACACUAAUGUUACAACAGAAAGCACAGCAAGUACAACAUCAGAAACUGCAAGUACGGCAGCAUCUAUAUCUGACUCUGCCUCAACACUACUAGCAGCCCAGAGCACACUUGUGACAGGAGAGGAGUAUGAGAAGAUGAUAAAAGAGAUAAUGAGCAUGGGUUUUGAGAGAGACCAGGUGAUUAGAGCGCUGAGGGCAAGCUUCAACAACCCAGACAGGGCUGUAGAUUAUCUUUUCAAUGGCAUACCUGAGGUAUCAGAAGCUGUAGCUCCACCAGCACCAGCCUCAGCUCCAGCUGCUCCAACAGGUCAGGCUCCAGUUUCUGCUACAGGACAGGCUCCAGUUCCUGCUACAGGACAGGCUCCAGUUCCUCUUGCUGUCCCAGACCUACCAGUUGCAGGAGGUCAGGUCCCAGCAGGCACUGCUCCCACACCCCCACAACCUGCACCUGGAGAAGACCCCUUGUCAUUUUUAGCAACACAGCCGCAGUUUGAUCAAAUGCGCCAAUUGGUUCAGACAAACCCUCAGCUCCUUCCCACAAUCCUGCGGGAAAUAUCUCAAUCUAAUCCACAAUUAUUACAAAUUAUUAGUCAGAAUCAAGAGCGGUUUGUGCAGAUGUUGAAUGAGCCAGCUGCAGGGGGAGGCCCAGGAGGGGUACAAGCUGGGGGAGUUCCAGCACACCCACAGCCACAAGGCAUCCCUGUAACUCCAUUAGAAAAAGAAGCUAUUGAUAGGUUAAAAGCAUUAGGAUUUCCGGAGGACUUAUGUGUACAAGCUUAUUUCGCAUGUGACAAGAACGAAGAACUAGCAGCAAACUUUCUACUUUCUCAAGGUUUUGAUGACAGUUGAUCUGCUUUAAAAACACUUUUUUAUUAUUUCAUUAUUAAUUAACGUUAUCUGAACAUCCACUUCCUAUGUGGUCUGUUUGGCUAUCUAAAACUAGGACUGAAAUAGCCUCAAACCUGUAUGUAAUAAUGAAAUAGCGCCACAUCUGUUGUAUAUUAUAAUGAAAUUGCAUCAGACAUUUCUAUAUCUGCAAUAUGUAUAAAACACAUAAAGUGACAAUAUACCAUAGCAUUUAUUUUAACAUUUUUUUGCCAAUUGUUUUUGGAUGCAAUAUCAUUUGUUCAAACAAUUUUCAUGGAAAGCAAGGCAAAUAAGUGCACUCAAUUUGGAUUGCUAUGAGAAAUGCUUGUUGUUGGUGCUUUAUUAUAGAUCUAAAUACUAUCUGAUGAACCACUGUGGUCUCAUCAUUAGAUCUAUUAAUGAUGUGCCAUAACUUUUGAACUUUUCAAUUGUAUAACAUGAACCAUCAGAUGCAUCUCUUUUAGUAUAAAACAAUAAAACAUUUUCAGUACUGUUAAAACUUGGAAUAAAUGCUGCCAGUAGCUAUAUGAAUAAAGUUUGUAAAGCAUAUCUCAGUAUAUAAUGUUUUUAGUUGAUUGCUCAGGAGUAAAUAUCAUAUCCUUCCAUGUAUCUGGAAAAUACAUCAAAUACUACUUUUUUUUAAGUUGGCCACCAUUUUUAAAGUGGAGGGAAUAUUUUUCGAAGAUCUAAUUUUUUCAUUACCAACCAAAGUAAUGACUAGUAAUGCAGGGCUCUCACCAGGAAAUAUUU